CAUCAAAUUAAGAAUCCAAUUCUUAACGAGAAGAAGAAAUGACACUCUUUCAGUCUCCACUUCCAUUACUGUUAUUCAUUCCAACUCCUAGGAAGUGCAAAGAACAUCUACAUGCAUUUCUAACUCUUGUAAAAAUCAUGGACGGAUUAAGGUUGAUUGAAGCAGCAUACGAAGGAGAUGUUGCAUCCCUUUCUCAGUUACUUCAAGAAAAGCCAAAUCUCAUUUACAGAAACUAUCUGAAUAGUGAAGAUAAGAAUAUUCUCCACAUUAGUGCAAUGUUGGGUCAUGAAGAAUUUGUGAAAGCAAUCCUUGUACAAGCAAAUUUUCCUUCUUUUUACUACAUGAGUUUGGCUUGGGAUCGCGAUGGCAGAAACCCUCUACAUCUUGCUGCAAUCCAUGGCAAGUUGAACAUCUUGAAUUUGGUAUAUCAUCACGAUGGGCUCAUGCAAGCAGCCUUAGAGAAGGCAGAUCGUGGAGAUACCAUUUUACAUUUGUGUUUCAGGUAUAAUCAACUGGAGGCUCUCAAAUUACUGUUGCAAAUUUUUCCCGAUCCGUUCUUUGCAGGACAGCAGGAGGCAUAAAUGAAGACCGUAUGAACAUAGUAAAUCUGUCCUUCCACCUUAACCAAAAUCAGAGGAGGCGGGAAAUGAUAAUUUACUUGUUAGAAAACAAGCUCGUAAGUCGUAAGUGUCAACUGGAGGGAUGUAAAUGGGUUAACUCCCUUGGACCUUUUCCUGUCUCAGACCGGAAUGUCAUUCCAAACCUAUGUAAGAACAGAAAGUUUUUCACAACCGGGAGCCGAAGGAUCAAUACAUCAUUUACUUCGUAAGAAUGGAGCGUCAACUGGUUUUUCUUUAAAGAUGAUGGAAGCAAACAAAGGAAUGUUUCAAUUUGUGGAUGCUAGUAAAGAUGCAAUCAUGGUUGUCGCGUCGCUUAUUGCGAGCAUGGCUUUUCAAGCUAUGGUCAGCCCUCCCGGCGGCGUUUGGCAAGAUGAUGACUUACCGGAAAAAAGGCGGUUCGAAUCAUCCGGGUAGAGUUGGACAAAGUGUGACGGCGCAAACUCAUCCAGCCCUUUACUGGCAGCUGAUUCGAUCUAAUACCAUAGCCUUUGCAUCAUCAUUGACAACCAUUCGAUCGGCAUUUAUGUUUUGUCUAUUGAUCAUCGCAAUGUGGUUGUCGAUGACAGCGAUUUCGGUUGCUUAUGCAACAUCACUUGUGAUGAUAACACCCAAAUCACUAAGUGAACAUGAUUUGGGUGAACCGGACAAGAUUGCGGUCAUUGUGAUCAUGUCUGGUGUCUUCCCCUCAUAUCUCUCUUAUGUAAAAUCCUUAAAUGGGUUACACAUAGAAUAGAAGAUUCCGAUU